AUAUUUAUCCUGUCUUUUUCUAUUUUUUAAUUUUUAAAAAAAAAAAAUCAACACACUCCUACUCUUCGUCCUUCACCUUCCUCUUUCUUUCUUUCUCUGUAUCUCUUUUGUGCGUCGAUCCCUCCUCAGAACAGUCAGAAGGCGAAAGUUUUGGAUUUCUUAUUACUGCAAUUAAUGGAUUCUGAUGAAGAAACUGGUGUAUUGGAGACUUCAGCUAAGGAAUCAUUGGAUGUCGGUGGAGGAAAUGGCAUUGUAGAGCCGUACGAGGGUAUGGUGUUUGAUUCUGAAGAGGAAGGCAAAGAAUUUUAUGAUGAUUAUGCUAGGAAAGUAGGGUUUGUCAUGCGGGUGAUGUCAUGUCGUCGCUCCGAGGUUGAUGGUAGGAUAUUAGCCCGUCGUUUUGGAUGUAAUAAAGAGGGUUACUGUUUAAGCAUUCGUGGAAAACUUGGUCAGGUCAAGAAACCAAGGGCGAGUACCCGUGGGGGCUGUAAGGCAAUGAUUCUUGUAAAAUUAGACAAGUCGAGGAAAUGGGUUGUCACGAGAUUUGUUAAAGAUCACAAUCAUCAAUUGGUGAUUUCUUCAAGGGAAGCUCGGACAAAAUUGGAUGACAAAGAUAAGAAGAUUCAGGAGCUAACUACGGAGUUAAGGAAUGAAAAACGUUUGUGCAUCAUGUAUCAAGAACAAUUGAUUGCUUUUAUGAAAGAUGUUGAAGACCACAAUACCCAGAUAACGAAGAAAGUUCAAGCUGUUCUUAUCAAUAUUAAAGAAGUUGAAAAUCAAGAACCAAAGUCCUUGCAACUGGGAUAGCAGUAUUUGUCUUGAAGAUGGUAAGCUAUGCAUUUAUCAUUCCAUUUCAUUUCUUGACUUGAUUAUUUCUUUAUCUUUUCAGAUGUGGCACCGGGAUAUUGAAUACUUGAAUACUCUAUAGCUUUGUUCCUCCGACUUUCCAAUUAACUCUAAGUACCCCAUGUCAGAUCUUCAACACAUGGACAUGAGUAUGGACACUUGACACUUCAUUUUGGACGAAAUAACAUGGAUUUUAUUCUAUUCAUUAUUAAUUUUCAUUAAUAAAAUAGCCAAAGUGGGAAAGUGUCUGACAAGCAACUCCAAUACCCAAUUACAUGUAACAUAACUCUUUAGUCUCUUAUGUAGAGUUCUGCUACAAUAUCUAAAUCAUCAACUCUUGUGGAUAUAUUUCAUUUGUGCUUUCAAUGGUCUCUUGUUUGUAAUUCUUCCA